AGAAUUUAUUUUGGUCUUGAGUACAGUUGAAAUAUGUGUGAUGGAGAUACAACUUUUUCCCCUGGUCACUGUGCGGAUGAAACUUCGGAAUAUGUGUUGAGCAAGUCAUCGAAUGAGAUCGUCGAAGACCUGUUACAGAGCCUGAGGAAGGAACCACGAGAAGAGCUUGUAUGUCCGAAUGGUGAUGGAAUUCGGCUACGAUCGGAGGAGUCCAUUCACAUCGAUAUGAAGGAGCGGAAACGUCGACACUCUGAAGAAGAAGAAGAUAGCGGAAACAUCGUGUCCGUUCGGAAUGCCGAAAUGCUUCCAAGUGCAGAGAACCCCGAAGAAGUCCUGUCCGUGGAAAAAGUACAGCUGGGACGAAAUGAAAGCAUUUCUACCGUGCCAGGAAAUCCCGUGAGCUCGAGUAUGGAACGUGUCUCGAAUGAUCAUUCGGAUACCGAUUCGAAGAAUGAUAAACUCGAAAACAAGGAUUCGCAAUCUAUUGAAGGGAGGAGUUCCUGCAACGUGACAGCUGAAUCCCGUCCUUCUCGUUCCCGAGCUUCUGAAACGGACCGAAACAAAGAAAAGCAGGCGAAAUCAGUUAAAUCUGUUCAUCCCCGUGACAAAUCCCCCCGUAGAAGUGAGACGAGUCACUCGAAAAAAUCCAGAAGUUCUUCAGACUAUUCCGAGAAAAGAUCCAAGAGAAGUUCGAAAUCAUCUCUUCGACGGCGGAGUCGCUCACCAAAGAAGCAUUCUACAUCUUCAGGAAAAUUGAGAAGUCGUCGGGAAAGGAGUCGAUCUCGUUCACCACGGAAGUCCUCGCACAGAAGCUCGAUAUCUUCACGAAGAGGAGAACGCAGCAAGAAGCGUCAAAGGUCUUCAGACAAGAAAGAAAUAAAAGAAGAUUUCCGCAUAGACAAAGAGCGUUUGCUGCGCAUUGCUCAAGAGCGUCUUGUGCUUCGUAAAGAACAGGAGCAAAAGUGGUUGGGGCCGUGUUACCAACCGAUACCCGAACCAAUUCCGGUGAUAGCAAGUGAUGAUCGAAGCGUCGACGAACUUACCGCUGUAUGUCGACGAUUUGUGUCGGAAGACGAUGGCGCCUCCGUCAGUGCUACUCGCCGUUAAAAGCUGGCUUCCCUUGUUCAUCCUCAUCGCGUAAAAGAUCGUCUUCUUCCAUCACCCGUGUAUAAAAUGCGAUGCAGCUUCUGACGAAAUCACUUCAAGACCAAACCAUAGCCAAGAGAAGGGACCAGCUCGUUUUCCGAUGACGAGUGGUCAGAGUCAUCGAGAGCACAAAGGUCUUUGCAGCAUCAAUUUCAGUCUCUGCUACGUGUUCUGUUGUUGCAGCGUUUGCUUACGUUUCAACAUCUGUCGUUGAGCUGUGGUUUUAUAAAUCUUGAAGAAGUUCUGUCUGUAUUUAGUUUUGCCUCAAAAAAGAAAGUCUUGAAAGAGCAAGUACUUCGAAUGGAAGUCAUUUUCUAAUACAAGCGAGUACCAUUUACUAAAAGUUGAUGAUACAAUGAGCAAGUUUCGAUACACUGUGAGCACGGAGGUGGCAAGAGAAAGUAAUCUGACCUAAAAUUCGCCGAACUUGCGGGACCACCUGUUCUGAUUCGUGAUAUUUUGUCCAAAACGUGUUUCUCAUUUGCUGCUUGACGCUCGCUGUUCUCUUGCCUUGUUGUCCACUUGCUCUUUUGAUGUUUACCCUUCUGAUUUAUGCUCUUCGUCGCGUCUCGGUAGAAUCUCCUUCGGAAUAAGCCUUUCUCUCAAGUUUGUCACGUGGAAGAAGAUGCGCUGUUUGCGUACGAGAAGCUUUUUUUAUUUGUUCGUAGAUGUAGGUUAGAGAAAAAUAAAUCGCGAUGAUUCUCCUGACGGAAUCGAUUGCGUAUCUGACAUUCAGCAGCUCGUGAGAAUCACGUGGUGUGCUUGAGUGUGAAUACUGCAUGCGGUGUAUUUUUGAACAGCUCAGAGUUCUAUGGACUGUGUAUGCUUAUGUGAGCGACGGAGGCGUGGAACAGAUCCUUGUCGAAGUUGACCUUUUUUCGGGUUAAUGGCAGGAUUGGGAUGUUUCAAAGGGUAUCGUCCGUCCUCUGAUAUCUUCGAAGAAGAAAUGGGGAGCAAGGCAAAACACAUCGAAGCCAUGAGCCAGGUGGAUCAUUCUUGGGAACUUCUUUCAAUGCGGAAAUGAAAGCCACCAUCUUCCGGCCGCGUUCAUGAGAAAAACCCGUUCGAGACCUUCGAUUUACUCCUAGUUGAACUAGGUUCGACGAGCUUCGGAGCGCGCAGUAAGGCUUCAGGCACCGAUCGAGUAACAUGGCAUUUUCGUUACUCGAUCAUUUUUGGUUCGAAGAUUCCAUUCGUGUGAAGGCCCAUACAUUUUGUCACUGAGGGCCCAAAGCUGUAUCGAAUCGAACGAUAUGUACGGAAGAGAUGUGUUCCGGAUGUCCGAUAGGGUCCAUUGAAGCCAGGACGUAUAUGAAAACGGGUACAUAUCCAGGUAUUGUUCUUUUAACAUAGUUUUGUGUACGAGGAAACAUUCCGAGCAACUUUUCCAAAAAAGUAACUUCUGAUCGUCUGCCGCAAAUAAUUUGCAUUAUUGCAUAAGUACGCUUCACAUUAAUCAUUUUUAUAUUCAAGCAUUGCAUUCUUGUGCUGGUUUUGCAGGAUACCCUGAGGCGACAAACCUUUUCAACUCAGCAGCCUGUCGGCGAAAACAAUCCGAUCAUGAUUCGGCGUACAAGUAGGAGUGCCUUAGAGCUGUUGUCUGGUUUUCAAGACGGCAUGGGAAUCAUUUUAGUUUCUGUGCAACUUUCUGUCUGUGUGAUACGAGUAAAAAAGAUCAUGAGUUACAUUUAAGUCUUUAUUUAAAAAUCCUUUUCGGCUCUACGUGUUUGCUGAAGGAUGAGAGAGAAGCGGGAGUUGACGUUUGUUUUCUAAUUGGCAGGUUCGCAUUAUUUGUGUUUCGA